UGGUCGGAAAUCGGAUUCCUCCUCCUCUUGCAGGUGUCAGUCUUAAUUCUGUCCAGUAGGUGGGACUUUAUACUCGUCAUCCGGAGCAUCGCGCUUUCAGCAGUACUUUCCUCCAGCUUGGACACUGAGAGCAUCUCUAUGAUGGACUGUGGAACGGAAAGUCGAGGCGAGUUGUGGCAUUUGCUCUUGUUCUUUUGAUAAGGCGAUUAGAUUACGAGCCCAACCUCAUAUGAUGUUCCCAGGCGCGCGCACUCUUAUGUAGCCAACGCAUUUAGAUAUUAAACACUCAUAUCUCCAUCAGCGAUCUUCAUCAUCACCAUCCUCAUCAGCCCUGGAAGACGUCGAGUCGUUUUGGACCCAAAAGUCAUGGAUAUAUGGUUCUGUUCAGCGGUUCCUGUGUUCACCUGGAGGCUUUUCUUUCUUUCAAGCAUCUUCCAGGGUUAUUGGAGCUCCAUGCUCGAUUGUCCACCAACAUGCAGCUGUUCGCCCACUGAGAUCUAUUGCAAUAAGUCCGACAGUGGAAAUUUCUUCCCUUUACUUGCUCUACAAGAUCCGGCGGGCAAUGGCAGUAACAAUAAUGACAUUGAAGAGCUCUUCAGGAACAUCACGUCCAUACACAUAGAAAAUUGGACUGGAUUGCAGAUUCUUAAGGAUGUUGACAUGGAACUGUACACAGGACUCCAGAGACUGUCAAUAAUGAACUGCAAUUUACGGACAAUCCAGGCACGUGCAUUUGCACAGAACCCUCACCUCCGCUACAUAAACCUGUCCAGGAACCCUCUGACGACACUCUCUUGGCAGCUUUUUCAGCACCUUCAGCUGGUCGAACUGAGGCUGGAGGGAGUCGUCUUUGACUGCGGCUGUGAGAUUCGAUGGAUUCAGCUCUGGCAGCUGCGAGGUGAGGCCGGCCUGCACACCCAGCAACUCUACUGCAAGAACGGCGCAUACAAGAUUCGCCUGAGAUCAAUGAGCAUUGCCCACUGUGACCUGCCAGAUAUCAGCGUUGCUCACAGUAACCUCACUGUGUUGGAGGGCGAUAACGUGAUGCUCAGCUGUAACGGCUCUGGUUCUCCGUUACCUGAGGUGGACUGGACUGUGAACGGCCUUCACUCCAUCAACACGCACCAGUCGAAUGUCUACUGGCCCAACAUUCACUCCAUCAACUUGACGCUGGUCAACGUGAGCAGAGACGACAACGGAUUUGUUCUGACCUGCAUCUCUGAGAAUGUGGUGGGGAUGACCAAUGUGUCCCUUCAGCUGGCUGUGCUAUUUCCGCCAGUAAUCCUGAAGCUGGACGAGCCGGAACGGCGCCAUCACACCUGCAUCGAGUUCACCGUGAGGGGCUUUCCCCAUCCCACACUGCGCUGGUUCCACAAGGAUCUUGAGAUCCAGCAGAGCGAAUAUAUCCGCAUGGAGAUGGAGUACUACCAAGAUUACUUGGAAGGCUGCUUGACUUUUGAGAACCCAACGCAUUACGACAAUGGAUACUACACCCUAGUAGCCACUAACUCCCUUGGGUCAGUUACCAAAACCGUCCACGGCUAUUUCCUUGAGCCACCGUUUAGUGAGGAUGACGGAAUAAUUGAGUACACUCCAACAGCUGAAGAUGAGGCAAAGAGACCUGAAGAAGAUUCAUUUGGAAUGUCGAUUGCUGUUGGUCUGGCUGGCUUUGGUUGCGUCUUCCUCAUUGUGAUUUUCGUCCUCAUCAACAAAUAUAGCCGACGUAACAAAUUUGGGAUAAAAGGUCCAGUGGCAGUCAUCAGCGGAGAGGAAGACUCUGCAAGCCCUCUUCAUCAUGUCAACCAUGGUAUCGUCACACCUUGCUCUCUCGAUGCGGGACCUGACGCAGUCGUAAUCGGCAUGAGUCGCAUUCCUGUCAUCGAGAACCCUCAGUACUUUCGACAUGGCCACAAUUGCAACAAACCAACCACCUAUGUGCAGCAUAUUAAACGAAGGGACAUUGUCCUUAAGAGGGAGCUUGGCGAGGGAGCUUUUGGGAAGGUGUUUCUGGCUGAAUGUUACAACCUCAGCCCCACCAAAGAUAAGAUGCUGGUGGCUGUGAAGACUCUCAAAGAUCCAACCCUGACUGCCAGAAAAGACUUUCAACGGGAGGCUGAGCUUCUUACCAACCUGCAGCACGAACACAUUGUGAUGUUCUACGGCGUGUGUGUGGACGGCGACCCUCUCAUCAUGGUGUUUGAAUACAUGAAGCAUGGAGACCUCAAUAAGUUUCUGAGAGCCCAUGGUCCAGAUGCCAUGAUCCUCGUGGACGGCCAACCGAUGCAGUCGAACGGGGAACUUGGUCUCUCGCAGAUGCUUCAUAUCGGUUCACAGAUAGCAGCAGGCAUGAUCUACCUGUCCUCUCAGCAUUUUGUGCACCGCGACCUGGCCACUCGCAACUGCCUCGUGGGUAACGGCCUGCUUGUGAAAAUUGGAGACUUCGGGAUGUCCAGAGACAUAUACAGCUCUGAUUACUAUCGAGUGGGAGGUCACACCAUGCUGCCCAUUCGCUGGAUGCCUCCGGAGAGCAUCAUGUACAGGAAGUUCUCCACAGAGAGUGAUGUGUGGAGCUUUGGAGUCAUUAUGUGGGAGGUCUUCACCUAUGGGAAACAGCCAUGGUUUCAGUUAUCCAAUAAUGAGGUCAUUGAAUGCAUUACUCAAGGUCGGGUUCUAGACAGGCCUCGCCUGUGUCCUAAGGAGGUGUACGACCUCAUGUUAGGCUGCUGGCAAAGAGAGCCGCAACAACGACUAAACAUCAAAGACAUUCAGAAAGUCCUUUACGCUCUGGGAAAAGCCACACCUGUCUACUUGGACAUCCUUGGCUGAGACUGGUGCAACGCCUCUCACCAGAAUCGAACACAAUCCAGGAAUAACCAAACGAGCCCUUUUCCCGCGUCGGCGCUCCACUGUAAAAACACCAACACGUCGGAGAUGGACUUUAAGUGCCUGCAACACUUUUUUCAAUACACUGGGUAUACAUAAAAAAAAAGUAAAAAAUAUUUAAAAACAAACUUUUACAUUUUGUUUACUGGUACAGUAUAUAGUGUACAGAAUUAUUCUACAAAGACAGAAAAACGUUUCCUAAAAAGUGGUGGAGAAAGCAGGAUGUUGCCUUUGAUUGGCGACACUGCGUUUGAGAAAUGAUUUUCAGUGUUUCAUUUUAUAAGCAUAUAUACACAUAUAUGAAUAUAUUUUUAUUUAUUUUGUUUCAUUUCGAAGGUAAAGUCUGGGUGCCUGUCAUGUUUAGUGCUGUUGAUAUAUUAUCUUUUCAAGACGGCUGCUCUUUGGUUCUGCUCUGCUUUAACAGCUGGGAUAUUGUGAGGAAAGCCUUAUUAUGUUUUGGUUAUUUUCCCACUGCUGCAGUCAGCAUCUUUCUCCUUUAUUUUUUUCUUCCUGCAACUUUGAUUUGAUGAUCUAUAGCUCUUAAGCGGGCGACUUGGAACCUUUAGAACACUAAAGCGUUGAUAUAUUUUCAUCGUAUGUGAUUGUAUAUACUGUACAUUUAUAUUCUCGUCAACCUGUUAACUUAUUUUAAUGUGUUUUGAUUUCUUUUUUUGACACGGGGGUUAUUUUGUGACUUACUCUUCAGAAAGGGUCAGCCAGGAGAGAACAUAAAUAUCACACAGUAUCUUUAGAUGAGCACUUGGCGGCUCAUUAUUAAUAC